ACGAUUCAAAUUCGCGCCUUUCGUGAAUGCACCAUUGCAUUACGAUUUCCGGUGACGACGUGUAGUGAAUAUCGGACUGUAAAGUUUCUUCUCUUUUCCGGUUCUUUUGGAACGUAUAUCAUAUUUGUGCAAAAUGGCUAAACGCACGAAGAAGGUUGGAAUCACUGGUAAAUAUGGUACUCGAUAUGGUGCCUCUCUCAGAAAAAUGGUUAAGAAAAUGGAAAUUACCCAGCACAGCAAAUACACCUGCACCUUCUGUGGCAAGGAUGCUAUGAAACGGAGUGUAGUGGGUAUCUGGUCCUGCAAACGUUGCAAGAGGACUGUUGCUGGAGGUGCAUGGGUAUAUUCAACAACAGCUGCUGCUUCUGUUAGAUCUGCUGUCAGGAGGUUACGUGAAGUUAAAGAACAGUAAAUAAAUAUAAUAUGUAGUUCAUAAUGA